AUGACAGGCGAGGGCAAGGGUAGCUCCAGCACGCCUGCGUUAGUGGCCCGGGCCGAGGCAGCCGCUGCUUCACAGCGGCAGUCACCCCACCGGGGACGACGGCAACCACGACCUGUCCGCAAGCGGUUGACUGCGCCGGCAGCAGCGUAUGAGACCAAUCUCACCUUUGAGCCUGAGCUGACAAGACUCGCCCGCCGGACUCCACAGAGAUACUCGACGGAAGCAUUUGAUAGUGCCGGUGCUGGGCAUGCAAGUCAUGAUGAUCCAGCCGGUGGGCAACAACAGCCUCUGCUCUACGAUGACCAUGGCGGAUGGUCCCUCGGCAGCGAGUCGGACGGAACGGUGGUCUCGGCCAAGCUCCAUGGUCCACAUGCCAAUUGCGGUGAAAGUCAUCCGUUUCAUCCCGAGCUCAAUCGAAAGUCGCGACGUCUGGUGGCGGCAAAGGCAAAGGCUUUUCCGCAAGGCGUCCACUACGAGGUCAUGUUCCGCUCCGCUUCAGAGCGCAGCGAGCACCUGGCUGCGCAUCGCUCGGCUGCGCUCGAUGCCGAGAUGGAGCAGUGUACUUUUCAUCCGACGGUUCUGCCAGGUCCGGCCCAUACCCGUCGCAGCCCUUCCCACCGGUCCGAUUCGGCCUCGCCGGCCCGUGUCCCGGUCCCGGAGCGCACCAGGGCUUGGCUCUCCGAGGCUGAGGCGGGCAAGGAGCGCGCCCGCCGUGAGGCUGCCGAACGCGCGGCCCUCGACGAGGUUGCUGAGUGCUCUUUCCGUCCGGUCAUCAACGAAGAUCGUGCGUUUGAGCGGACACUGGAGGUCUCGUGCGUGGCGACUGUGGCCGACGAGCACAAGUUUGUGCGCCGGAUGCGGACUGGCUCGGCAUCGCCAGGCGUGCACGGCCAGAGCGGCCGGCGGCGGGAAAGCAGCCGUUUGCGCGGCGACAGCUCGACUCGGUGCCACUCAGCAGGAAAGACGCCAGCUCUGGCGGUCCAGGCCACGCUUCGGCUUCCGGUUGAACCGCAGUACGGAUAUCUCGCGUCGGGCAAGCCUGCACUAGAGUCUGGCUCCAAGGCUGAGGUGGUGUCGGAGUCUAUCUCGAACACCAGCUCUACGAUGGCGGAUGGGACUCCGGCAGCGUCACCGCGGAAAAAGGUGGUGGUUAUCAAGAAGCGGCGCAAGGGCCCUUCUGCGGCUGAAGUGGCUGCGGCGCAGGCUGCAGCGGCCGAGGCAGGGGCGCAAGUGGUGGAGCUAGAGGCGCGGCUGGCAGAGAUGGCUACGGCUCUGGCUACAGCACAGGCUGCGGCGGCCGAGGCGAGUGCUGCAGCGGCUGUCAAGCCCGACUCUGUUGAUGUCGGGGUGCAAACCGAGGAGCAGGCUCAGAUUGAGUCGUGCUUGUCGUGGGUAGGCAGCGACGACGGCGGUGACGAGGCCGAGCUCGACGCCGAGGCCGGGGCGGCGGAGAUUGAGUCGCACCGGGCAGAGAUGGCUGCGGCGUCGGAGGAUGUGCGGAUGUGCAUGGCCAAGAUCCGCGCGGCGCACGGGGAUGAGUUCCGAAUGGGCGCGGCAUGCGCGUUGGCCAAAGACGUGGCGAUGACGAUCGGGCGGAUGCUCGGCGGGCUGCUGUCGGUGACGGCCGAGCAUGGUGAUUCGAGCGAUGUGCAGCAUCUUGUGCAGCUGCAGAACAACAUGCACUCGAUCUCACACGAUCUGGCGGACCUGACGAUGGCGAUCAAGGCAAAUCCAGCAGACGGCUCGCUGGCGGCGCAGCUGGAGGCAACGCUGACCCGGCUGGAGGAUUUGUCGCAGCAGUCGCUGUCUACAGGCGGCGCGUUUGCCGUCAAGGCUGAUCUGCUGGAGGCGAUGGCCAAGGUUCCGAUUUUUGCGGGCGUUCACAACGCGGGCUUUUUCAACGAGCUUGUCCGGAAGCUGGAGGAGGAGACCCACGACCCUGACUCGCUCAUCUUUGCCAAGGGCGACGACGGUGAGUCGAUGUACUUUGUGACGCGAGGCGUGGUGGCGGUGAUUGCUGUGGUUGUGGGCGGGAAGCGGACAGCGUCUGUCAAGGCCAUCUCGUACGUCUACUGCUACCGGCUGGACAAGGCGGUGUUCUACGCCGCGCUGGCGGCGUAUCCGCAGUACCGCUCUCAUUUUGCGGCCAUUGCGCAGGAGCGGCUGCAUAAGGACGCCAAACGGCGCGAGCGUGCAGAACGCGGCGUCAAGAUGCAGCUGUCAGAAGUUCACCGGUUCCGCGCCCGGGUGGGGCUAGUCUUUGACUCGCUGGCGCUCGCGGUCAACACCCACGAUCCGCACGCACUCGGGGCUCAGCUUGCCGAGCUCGACGCAUUGCUUCCAGAGCUAAUCGAGGUGCUGGAUGAGCCCGAGGCCAAAGCUGCACUGCGCGAGGUCCAGAGCAAGCGGGCCAACGUUGACACAACCCCCGGGGCGCCUGAGUUGGAGGCGUUUGUGGCCAGCGCCCGAGAGACCGUCGACCAUCACAUGUCGAUUUCCGAAAUGGGCGACUUUCUGGAGGUUUACGAUGGCUUUGCCCGCACCUCGGAUGCCUUUCGCGCCGCCGUCCUGGCCUCGUGCAAGCUUGUUGCCCUUGACCAGGGCGCUGAGGUUAUCGGCGCCGGGUCGACUGCCCGCAGUUUGCACUUUGUCGUCCACGGCGGGCUCUCGGUCUAUCUCCCGGGUGGCGAACUUGUCGGCGUUCUCCGCGAGGGCAACUUUGUUGGCGAGACGGCGUUCUGGUCCGGCUGCGCCCAGCCAUACCGGGUUGAGGCCGUCACUCUCCGCGCCGAUGUCGUCACUCUUACCUGGGACGACUUUGCCGCCGUCUGUGCCUCCUAUCCCGGCGAGCCUGUCGGGCAUGAACCAUGA